AUGACGAACCGGAAGGAGUGGCUGCAAAAUUUCAGAGCAUCACCGAUCCCGUACGUGCUGUUGGGAGACGAGGGGAAACUUCCUGUGAAAGGGGAAGGAGAUCUAGUGCUGCAAAGUGCUUAUGGUGAGGUGAAGCUGGACAACGUGCUGCUGGUGGACAAGCUCACACUUAAUCUCAUAAGCCAAUCGCAGUUAGACAGCGGUGGGUGCAAGACUUUCAGUGACAAGGGCAGCAUAUGGGUGUUCGGUUCGGAUUGGAAGGUGAUAGCGGAGGGAUCACGCAAGCAGGGGUUGUACGAGAUGAAGCUUCACGAGAAACAGAGUGGGGAGAAGACCACGUACCUGGCUGAACCGGAAGCGGGAAAGGUAGCACGAGAGGAGCUCCGCACCAAGCUGGAAAAGGUACCGAUUAAAGAGCUGCAGCAGCAGGCGCUUCCUAUGGCAGCAGCAGUGAGUACGGUGGACGUCAACCUGCUGCACAGGAGGAUGGGGCACGCUGGUCACACUCGAAUCAAGCAGCUGGUCAAGAAGAACAUGGCAGCAGGAGUGAAGGUAGCCGAGGGUGGAGAGGAAAAUCUGAAGUGCAGCACAUGCGUGGAAGCAAAGGCAACGAAGGCACCACAUCCCAAGCACGGAGUUCGUGAGCCAUACGAGACGUUGGCGAUUGUGGCAGCCGACGGACGGAAACAAGGAGCUGUUGCAAAGGAAGCGGCAGCAGCACCAACUCCACUGGAGGAGAUGAUAGAUGGGAGUGAGAAGGAGGGGAUAGGGGCAGCCAAUGGAAGCAGUGACAAUGACGACUACGAAGACCACACUACACCGGGUUUCGACUGGGUAUGGGAGGUGCAGGAGCUGUCCUCACCUUCAACUGCCGUGGAAGAGGGUGAAGAAGAAAAUGAUAAGGGAGAAGAAGCGGGUGACAACGCGACGAAUGAAGCCGGUGAGGAAGAAGCUGAAAUUUCAGAUGUGGAAGAGAGUGUGGCUGAAUCUGCCAGCACGGGGUACUCCGACCCAUGGCGCAUCAUUGACACGGGGGACAAUGAAAAGGCGGCAGUAGAGAUUGAAGACCUACUUGUGGACGGAGCGAUCAUCAUCGGAAGAGAGAUUGAAGGAGAUUCUGUGCAACAAGUAACGGAUGAUAAUGCAGCAGCAGAGAAAGGUGGAGCCGAAAAUGAGAAUGAGGAGAUGGGUAAAGGGAAACGGGUCAAGAAACCCAAUCCCAACGGCCUUGCGGACAAGGAGGUCGAUGUGGGAGCAGAGAUUGAGGCAUGGGGCAACAAGGAGAGAGCGCUCAAAGCUUACCAAUCCAUGGUAGGCUCAGUCAUGUACCCGGUGUCAUGCACACGGGUUGAUGUGGCCUACGCUGCAAGCUUUCUUGGGCAGAGAGUGCUGCAGCCCGAGGGACGCAAGUGGAAGGAAAUGGAGCGGACUAUCACUUACCUCCUGCAGCGGGACGAUGAGGGGCUGCUGUUUGAAGGUGGAGAGGAGAGCCUAGAGCUAGACUUGCGGGGGAGCAGCGGAGCAGCAACCCGAGAUGCUACACCAACGUACGGACAAGCUCAGCAAGAGAAGAAGAAGGCUGGUUACAUGGUAACCAUAGGAGCAUAG